AGUGUUCUCUCUGUGGGGAUUUGGAACGGCAGCAGCUCUGUGUGGGAGCUCUUAGCUGUGUUUCUUAACACAAUUCCCUUUAUAAAUUAUUUUUUCUUAAAGCGGCAAAAGGAGAAAAUUGAUACCAAAGAGUAUCAAUUCGGAUUCUUGGCAGAAUUCCCAUCAUCUUGUGGAAGUCAAGUUUCAGAAUGAGGAGUGCCAGACUGAUGGGGGUGCUGCUCGCCCUGGCUGGCCUGCUGCAGGUGGCCCUGUCCCUGAAAAUAACAGCUUUCAACAUCCGGACUUUUGGGGAGACCAAGAUGUCCAAUGCCACCCUUUCCAACUACAUUGUGAAGAUCCUGAACCGCUAUGAUAUUGCCCUCAUCCAGGAGGUCAGAGACAGCCACCUGACAGCCGUGGGGAAGCUGCUGGACAAACUUAAUGCGGAUGACCCUAACACCUUUCACUAUGUGGUCAGUGAGCCACUGGGACGCAACAGCUACAAGGAGCGCUACCUCUUCGUGUUUAGACCCGACCAGGUGUCCGUGCUGGACAGCUACCAGUACGACGACGGCUGCGAGUCCUGCGGGAACGACACCUUCAGCCGGGAGCCAGCCGUGGUCAAGUUCUCCUCCCCGUCCACCAAGGUCAAGGAGUUUGCCAUCGUUCCCCUGCACGCGGCCCCGUCAGAUGCAGUGGCUGAGAUCAACUCUCUGUAUGACGUCUACCUGGAUGUCCGCAAGAAGUGGGACUUGGAGGACAUUAUGUUGAUGGGCGACUUCAAUGCGGACUGCAGCUACGUCACCUCCUCGCAGUGGUCAUCCAUCCGCCUGCGCACGAGCUCCGCCUUCCAGUGGCUGAUUCCUGACUCUGCCGACACCACAGUUACAUCCACGGACUGCGCCUACGACAGGAUUGUGGUUGCGGGAUCUCUGCUCCAAAGUGCUGUGGUUACUAAUUCGGCCGCUCGCUUUGACUUCGAAUCUGCAUACGGACUAAGCAACGCUAUGGCCCUAGCCGUCAGCGACCAUUACCCGGUGGAGGUGACGCUGAAGUGAGCCUGAUGGAAGUGAUCCUAUCGUCACGUCCAAGUGCCGGGGAUGGAGUUUAAGAAAUCAGUGCCUAGUCCCUAGGGUCCCCAUUCCUCCCCCUUGGGCCCCCAACCACCAUGGCAGCUGGAAUUUGAGGAAGGAGACGGAAGGUAGACUUUUCCUCACUACCUGCUUCCAUUGUAAGCUUGGGGGUUGUGUCAGCAGAGUAUCUCACCACCUCAGUCUGGACAAGAAGUCUAACACUAAGAAGUACCUUUUAAUUAAAGUAAUAAAGCUCAAAAGAGGGUGUUCUCA